GUUAUCUGUGCAACAAUUGCAUUUGGAAUGGGAAUUGACAAACCUGAUGUGCGAUUUGUGAUUCAUGCAUCUCUCCCUAAAUCUGUGGAGGGUUACUACCAAGAAUCUGGCCGAGCUGGAAGAGAUGGAGAAAUAUCUCACUGUGUGCUUUUCUAUACCUAUCACGAUGUGACCAGACUGAAGAGACUUAUAAUGAUGGAAAAAGAUGGAAACCAUCAUACAAAGGAGACGCAUUUCAAUAAUUUAUAUAGCAUGGUACAUUACUGCGAAAAUAUAACGGAAUGCAGAAGAAUACAGCUUUUAGCUUACUUUGGUGAAAAAGGAUUUAACCCUGAUUUUUGUAAGAAAUACCCAGAUGUUUCUUGUGACAAUUGCUGUAAAACAAAGGAUUAUAAAACAAAAGAUGUGACGGAUGACGUGAAAAAUAUUGUAAGAUUUGUUAAAGAACACAGUUCAUCACCAGGAACAAGAAAUACAGGUCCUUCUGGAAGAUUUACUCUAAACAUGCUGGUCGACAUUUUCUUGGGGAGUAAGAGUGCAAAGAUUCAGUCAGGAAUAUUUGGAAAGGGAUCUUCUUAUUCACGACACAAUGCCGAAAGACUUUUUAAAAAGCUGAUACUGGACAAAAUUUUGGAUGAAGACUUAUAUAUCAAUGCCAAUGACCAACCAAUCGCCUAUAUGAUGCUAGGAACUAAAGCCCAAAAUGUGCUAAAUGGCCAUUUAAAGGUGGACUUCAUGGAAACAGAAAAUUCCAGCAGCAUAAAAAAACAAAAAGCUUUAGUGGCCAAAGUAUCCCAGAGAGAAGAGGUAGUUAAGAAGUGUCUUGGAGAACUUACAGAGGUCUGCAAAUUGCUGGGGAAAGUCUUUGGUGUUCAUUACUUCAAUAUUUUUAAUACAGCUACACUCAAGAAGCUUGCAGAAUCUUUAUCCUCUGAUCCUGAGGUUUUACUUCAGAUUGAUGGUGUUACUGAAGACAAGCUGGAAAAAUAUGGUGCAGAAGUGAUUCCAGUAUUACAGAAAUACUCAGAGUGGACACUGCCAGCUGAGGACAGUUCCCCGGGCAUAAGCCUGAUGGGCAGCAGAGGCACUGGAAGGAGCACCCCGGGGGAGCCUGAUGAGGAGGAGCCUGUAUCUUCUCACUACUUUACAAAUCAAGCUAGAAAUGAAAGAAAGAGGAAGAAAAUGCCAGCCCUCCAAAGGCCCAAGAGGAGAAGAACUAGUUACGGUGGCUUCAAGGCAAAGGGGGUCUCUACUGCAAGCAGAAAAACGUCUUCUAAAAGUAAGUUCUCUGGUGUAACUGGAUCCAGCUCGGCCUCAUGUGCUUCUCAAGCAACAUCAGUAGCAAGUAGAAAAUUGGGGAUUAUGGCUCCCCCGAAGCCUGUAAAUAGAGCAUUCCUCAGGCCUUCGUAUGCAGUCUCCUAACAGCACCGCUCAGCACACACAUCUUGUUUGUCGGCGUCUGACCAUCUGUGACUAGAAAGCUGUUAGUCUUCUUACACCGUUUGAAGUUUUCACUCCUAUCUAUUAAUAUUUAAAUGUAUCUCAUGUGAUAGUUCUGAUUUUUAAAUAAACAUUUUCUUUGCUGCCACUGCAAACGUGGCGGCCAUUGUUUCUCAGAGCAUCUGAAGCAAUGGCUGAAUCAUCUACCCCAAAGAAAUUCUGAGUGUAACAUGACACACUGAAGCAGAAAGAAAAGGCUGCAUAGGACAUUGUGAAACUGUAGCAUUUCUUGUGUGAAACAAGCUCAACAAAAAUCAAAAGACAAAGAAAAUAGAAGACAUAUUACAUAGUAAUUCCUAUAAUAUACAAAGAGUACCUAUAAAUUAUUAAGAAAAAGCACAGAAGACAACAGAACAAAGGUUGUGAAUAGGCUAGUCUCCCUCCCAAAAAUCAAAUGGCCCACAAAUAUGUGUGGAAAUACUCUAUCUCCCUAAUUAAAAGUACAAAUUGAAA